AUGAAGCUGCUUGUGUUUCUUCUGUUGCCUUGUCUCUCUCUGAGUGAGAUUUCGUCAGGGUUUGCUAAAUGCUAUCAGUUCUUUUUGAAUAAUGACCCUCCUAAAUUCACACCAUCAUGGGGCACCACAGUCAAGGAGAUCUGCCAGUGUGUUUGGGACGAGAAUGAUGAGCAAAAGUUUGUUUACGCAACUUUGUACAACACAGACUGGAAGAUCCCCAUCUACUCGGCGUAUGUGUUUGAUAGGAGCGAAGGUGUCGGGCGGUGUGAUGUUUGGUACAUCGAACCUCAGCUGGAUGAUCCUAAUGCUGAGCCAUGUAUGGCACCUAGCGGUCGCAAAAGCAGGAAUAAUCAGGCUAUGAAUCGUGACUAUAAAGGACAGGACCCGAAUAAGCCUAAGUAUGACAAAGGUCACCUGUACCCAGUUCAGCACACGUAUGAUCAUAUCUCCAUGCUGGCCACCUCCACCCUGACCAACGCCGCUCCACAGGACUCAGAGUUCAAUCGGGGUGCAUGGAAGUAUCAUGAGGCGGCCGUUAUUGAAGAUCUGGAGUCCUGUGGUAGUAAGGCUUAUGUAGUUGCUGGUGUGGUUCCUGAUACCAAUAAAAGACUGAAUAAAAGAGUUACUGUGUCUUGGUAUUACUGGAGAGCCACCUGUUGUCUUAAGAACGGUGAGAUCACAGGGCAGGGUUACUUUGGACCUGAUAACAAUAACAAUUGGCAGAAAUUAACAAUCACAGCCCUACAGAAACAGCUGAAACGACAUUACAGUGCGGAAAUUGAAAUUUUCCCAAACUUACCCACAGGGUACAAAAUAUCCCCUACUGGUGGUUGUAAGUAG